UCUACGCUCGGCGUCGGCCCCGAUCGACUCGGCCCCGCUCGGCUCGCCGUCCUGGACCGCGGCGGAGCGCGGAGCCGCAUGUAAGGGCGGGAGCGAGAACACCUGUGGAGCCUGUUUGGAGGGGACUCCCGGAGCCCUGCACGUCUCUCCUCCCCAUGCUGUGACCUCUGACUCCCGCCUCUCGGAGCCCGUGUAGGCCGAGCCCUCAGGCGGCCACACCAUGAACACGUCCCCGGGCACCGUGGGCAGCGACCCGGUCAUCUUGGCCACGGCCGGCUAUGACCACACGGUGCGGUUCUGGCAGGCCCACAGCGGGAUCUGCACGCGCACGGUGCAGCACCAGGACUCUCAGGUGAACGCGCUGGAGAUCACUCCGGACCGCAGCAUGAUCGCGGCUGCAGGCUACCAGCACAUCCGCAUGUACGACCUCAACUCCAACAACCCUAACCCCAUCAUCAGCUACGACGGGGUCAACAAGAACAUAGCGUCCGUGGGCUUCCACGAGGACGGCCGCUGGAUGUACACGGGCGGGGAGGACUGCACCGCCCGGAUCUGGGACCUCAGGUCGCGGAACCUGCAGUGCCAGCGCAUCUUCCAGGUGAACGCGCCCAUUAACUGCGUUUGCCUGCACCCGAACCAGGCGGAGCUCAUUGUGGGUGACCAGAGUGGCGCCAUCCACAUCUGGGAUUUGAAAACUGACCACAACGAGCAGCUGAUCCCUGAGCCAGAGGUCUCCAUCACCUCUGCCCACAUCGACCCCGACGCCAGCUACAUGGCAGCCGUCAACAGCACCGGCAACUGCUAUGUCUGGAACCUGACCGGGGGCAUCGGGGACGAGGUGACCCAGCUCAUCCCCAAGACUAAGAUCCCAGCGCACACCCGCUACGCCCUGCAGUGCCGCUUCAGCCCCGACUCCACGCUCCUUGCCACCUGCUCGGCUGACCAGACGUGCAAGAUCUGGCGGACGUCCAACUUCUCCCUGAUGACGGAGCUGAGCAUCAAGAGCAGCAACCCCGGGGAGUCCUCGCGGGGCUGGAUGUGGGGCUGUGCCUUCUCAGGGGACUCCCAGUACAUCGUCACAGCUUCUUCUGACAACCUGGCCCGGCUCUGGUGCGUGGAGACCGGGGAGAUCAAGCGGGAGUACGGCGGCCACCAGAAGGCCGUUGUCUGCUUGGCCUUCAACGACAGCGUGCUGGGCUAGCCUGCACCCCUUGACUGGCCCGGCAAGCAGUGUGGGGGCAUGGGGCCGGCCUGGCAGGAGGCAGCAGCUGGCUGGACCCGCCCUGUUGCCCAGGUCAGAGAACCCCCAUGGUGCUCCAGCCUGGCUGUCUGGACCCGACGGGGCCCAUUCCCCUCCAGGGCCCCUCAGUCCCCCUUUGUUUGUCUGGGCGUAACGGGGCUCAGGAGCCUGCCCAUGCCAGCCUGCACGCUCCUCAGAUAUUCUGCAGACCUCCGGCAUUGGGAGGACCCGGCUGGUGCCCAUCCCCAGCUCCUUCCCCAUCCCGCUGUCGACUCGUGUCCGGAGACCAUGGAGGACACAGGGGCGGGUGGAGAAGUUUAUUCGCCCUGCGGUGUGGCUGGCAGCCGGUGGGCAGGCAGGUGGGCGGCGGCUCAGUCCGGGAGGUAAUAAAAGCAGACCGACACGCAGACGCUGCUCGGGAAGCAGAUGUCAAUGCACAGGUAGAUCAGCCGCUGCCUCUGGGGCCCUGGGGAAGGGGUCUCCGUGAGCCCCGCGUCCCAGACUCCUGUGGCCAGGCCUCGCCAUACCACCUGCCCGGACUCACCGACUGCUCGACGGGCCCAGUAAAUGGGGGUCUUCACGCAAAGGUGCCGCACUGAAGCCCCCACCUGGGCAGGGUCUACCUCGUGGCUCCCGAGCACGGCCAGCAGCUCCUGGGCGUAGUGGGGGGCCGGGCUGGGGCUGGGGGACUCCUGGGCCUGCAGGGGAGUCGCCAGUGGGCCCGCGCCGGACACUGGGCCUGCUCCGGGCUGGGUAGAACCCGCGCAUCCCGGACCUGCUGGCUCGCUGCCGGCCCAUCCCCACCCCAGCCCCUUCAGCACCCGCGCCGGGAAGAUCCAACUUUCUGUUUCCUGAAACCAGAGCCCCAGCCCUGUGCCCCGCGCGGCCGCACACAAGAAGACCCUUUGUCUGGCCGGGCCGGGCGCUGGCCGCGCGGGGCUGCUCACCCUCGAGGUGUUCACCAGCAGCCGCAGGGCCUGGCGGUCCCGGGGCUCCAUGGGGCGGAGGAAGCAGGCCCGGUGCUCUGGCGGGCGGUAG